AUGAAGAAACAAACUACAAAUACCAGUUGCAUUAAGACGUAAUUUUUAAAUGACAUUCCUCAAAUAGGUGACAAAGACUUUCAAAUAACACACUGCUUUACCUGAUAAUUUCAUCUUCUUUGAGAAUGAACCUAUAGCAACAGAAAAGCAUCUCUAUUUCAUUCAACGUGGAAAUAUUGAAUUAUCUUUCAAAGAAAAAUCGGAAAUUCAAUAAACUAGAAUAAAAAGACUAUUUUGGAGGGUUGGUUUCUUUACUGGUUUAUAUCGAUAAGUCAUUGUUUACAUAAUUAUUGAAAUCUAAUCAAAUUGACUCAGUAUUAAUAUUGUUGUUAAUAAAUAGGAAAAAUUUCAUUAAAUUAAAGAUGAAAUUUUAUUAAUAUGGUUAUCAACUUAUUAAUGUCUUUUGUUUUAGUUGUCUUCGAGACGACCAUACAGUGAUUGAUUGUCCAGAUAUGAAUUUUAUAGUUGAAUAAUAGCAACAUUGUUAAUUUAGUCUAAUUUUUAGAAAGUCUUUCGAAAGGAAUUAAAGAGUUCACAUUCAUGCAUUUAGACAUAAGAACCUUGUUAAAUUUUUAAUCAUCUAUAUUUUCAAUAUACAAAACUGUUACUCUAGUCUCCUCUCUUGCUUAAAUACUAUAGGCCUAGUUUUUAAUUUUAAUUGACGAAAUGGAAAAUGGUUAACUAGUAGAGGAGAGGCUUGAAGAUUAGUAGAAGCUGGCUAAACCCCUAAGAUUUGGCCCUUUUAGAUCAAGAUUUUUGGAGGAUAUGCUAAGAAGUAAGUCGUUUUAGGUUUUUCAUUGAGACUUAAAGAAUUGACUAAUUGAAUUGAAAAAAUAACAAUUUAUUUAAAUAUCCAAUGUAAGCAGCUAAGUACAGAAAAAUGAAAUCAUAUAUUUAAGAUUAAGAGAUGAAAAUUAAAUCUUUAAAAACUUAAUAAAACAUCAGUCAAUUACUUUGAAAAUGUAUCUUCUCAUUUUGUAAGAUAGAAAUCAUUAUAAUAUUUUAAUAAAAGUGUAUUAAGAGGAGUAGAUAAUAAAAUCUGAAUUACCUUAAACUAAAUCCACGGUUACAUCUAUGAAAGUAAAUUCAAAAUUUCAAUAAGAAGUUGAAGAUAAAUAAUCAUCUGAAUAUUAGACUACUUCAUCAUCAGAAGAAAGUGAAGAAUAGGCAGGCAAAUUAACCUAUAAAAGAAAUGAAGACUUAAAAUUAAAUAUUAGAGAUUUUAGAAACAUAUAAUCAAUAAUAGAAAGAGAGAGAACAAUGAGAAUAAUAAAAUAAGGUUUAUUAUGUUUUAAUUUAUUAAAGUUAGAAUCUUAAUUUAUUCUAAUAAACAACUUUGAAAUUGGAGCUGAUUUUCACAGUUAUUAUCCAAAAUAUAAUCAAGAAUGA